AUGGCGGAAGAGACGAAAAACACUAUUGCUUUGCUCAAUGGUUUAGCAAGAAGAACAUAUUACAAAGAUGAUGAAAUUACAGAUGAGUUUUUGAAAAGCCAGAUAUAUCCGGAAAUGAGUGAUGAAGAAUUCAACAGACUUGUAUCAAGAUUUUCAGGAUUAAUGAAGAACAUGGUGUCAGCUGACAUGGAUUUCAAUCAGUUGGAAGCUUUUGUUGUGUCACAAACCAAAAGACGGGAAGGAGCUCUCUCAGAAGAACAAGCAAAUGCUCUACGGAGAUUCUGGAGAUCACAUAAAAACAAAAUACACGACAGUUUAGUUGUUGACACCAACUGGAACAAUAGUUUAAAACAAGUGUCUUGGCGAAUAGAUGUAAAGUCACAGUCUAAAAAUGUGGAUCAAAUUAAUGAGCCAACUGCUAUCAUGGAGCUACAGCUACAGGGAGCUGGCAGCACUAAGGAUACUGAAGUUGUUCAAUUUGAGAUGGAUGAAAAUAAAUUAUUGACAGUUUUACAAAGUAUGAAAGACAUAGAGAGCGAAAUCAGCAAACACAGUCAGCAGUGAAAUCAGUGUACACGUUAUUACAUGUAUGUUAUAAUUUUAUCUAAUAAAUCAGUUACAAGAAACUUCAAA